UUCACUCGCGAGCUAUUUUUAGAACAUGUCGUAUUCAUUCGAGCACAUUAGGAGCGCUAGCGACCAGCUGGUUGCACAAGAGAGAAGAAGGAAUCGGAGGACAUUAUUCACAUUUUUAGGAGCUUUAACAGCAAAGGAUCCUGUCAGUUCGAGCUUAAACAUAGGAAGCAUGGAGAUGCCUAAGAGACAGAGCAGCUGUUCCUUGACAGACAAGAGUAAAGCUUGGAAGUAUCUGGCUGGUAUCAAACUCUCCUCACUCCAGCCGAAUAAAGUCACAGAGGACUUUUAUGAAGAACCAGAGGAUUGUGUCCCUGUUGAUAAGAGUGAGCCUGAAGUCUACACAGUAUCAAAUGCAAUGGUCUGUUCCCUAUGUGACUGCAUAUUUGAGGAUAGACAUCAACAGAAAGCUCACUAUCGUCUGGACUGGCAUCGGUUCAACUUGAAGCAGAGGAUAAUGGGACUUAAAUCAGUCUCAGAAGAGGCAUUUUCACAACAAGCAGACGAUGUGUCCAGUAUUUCUGGUAGCGGAGACUCUUCCUCCUCUGAUGAUGAGGAUGAGGUGGACAUGUCACCUGUCUCCCGGGGCUCUGAUCAAGCCUGGGGAAGGAGAAAGAAGGCCAGUUCUAUCCACAAGUACGACAGCGACGACGAUGACGAUAAUGAUGCAGGGAAGGAGAGAGAAAAUGGUAGACGAUGUCCAAGGAUCUAUUUUGAUAACGAUGAUGAAGAGGUUGUUUCUGUGUAUCGCUGCAUCAUUCAUGGAAAGAGGGAGGCACCCACUACACAUACAGAGCUGAUAUCCAGAACCCUUGGUCUAUUGACCAAUCAGAAGUGGGCUAUCAUAUUGACAGGGGGUGGCCAUUUUGCUGCUGCAGUGUAUGAUGGGCCUGAGGUCAUCGAACACAAGACCUUUCACCGGUACACCGUACGGGCUAAGAGAGGAACCGUACAGUCUGUUAGAGACUCACAGGGAAACGCCCCCAAAUCUGGGGGUGCCUCCAUCCGAAGGUACAAUGAAGCAGCCCUGAACCAAGAGGUUCAGAACCUCCUCACCUCCUGGAAGGACCACUUGGACUCCUGUUCCAGAAUCUUCCUCAGAGUACCCACCUACAACAAGGCCAUGUUCUAUGGAGGAAAGAGCCCCGCCCUGGUGAAGGGGGAUGAUAGGGUGGUGACUAUCCCCUUUGCCACACGGAGGGCCACGUUCAAGGAGCUGAAGAGAGUUUGGGAGGUCCUUGCUACCAUUGAGUCUCAUGGUACCAUAUCUGAUAUUACUACUGUUAUGGCCAGCCGCAAAGAGAAGAAGGUUUGGAAGAAGGGCAAGAAAUCCCUCCAAGAAAAUGAAAAACAAGUGCUUGAUGAAGAAGAUGCAUCGUUGGAAGUCAUUUUGAGUCGGUUGGAGAAACAGUCUCUUGAAGAAGAACCAGCAGACAAUUCAACCAGUGUCAAAAUGGAAGAGAAGAAGAAUGAAAAGGAUGAUGAGGAGGUAGAUGAUAUAGAACUUCAUGAAGAGGAGGUCAUCACUUCAACUGACCAUCUCAAAGAGUAUGAGACAACUCCUAAGAAGCAGAGGAGGAGAAAGAAGAAGAAACCAGAGAGACAAAUACCACAAACAGACAAGGAGGAAGAGAAUCUGACCACCGAACUCUUCACUAUAUGCCGGACAGGCAACAUGGACAAGCUUGAAGAAGUCCUCCAAAAGAUCCAACAGCAUUUCGGUAUUCCUCCUCACAAUCCUCCUCACAAUCCUCCAACUUCUAAAGACAGUACCAAGGAACACUUCGACAGAGACCCAAGCAACACCAAGAACACAUCAUCGGACGAUACCAAUCCCAUUCCCAGUGUUGAAAAUAAAGAUAAUAUACUGUCCUGUAAAGGUGAUGUUCAAGGUAUGACUGCAGGCUUGGAUAGCCAUGUCAAGUCUUGCCAAAGCUCAGAUGAUAGCCAUAAAGACGGCUCAGGGAACAAAAACUCAGUAGAAAGUAGAUUCAACCUUCCAGAACCUUUGAACAGUACUGCUGUUUUCAAUGAGGACACCCAGAACAAUCCUAACAGAGCAGACACGAUUGAAGGGAAAUCGUCAAAAUCUGAUCUCCUGGUUGAAUCCAAAUUUGAUGAAGCCAACGUGCCUUCCCAACACAAACAAGUGCCUGAUGAUGAUUCUGAAGUAAGUGAGGAUAAAGCAGUGAGAGACUCUAAGGAUCACGAUAAACCAAGUCCUGGAGUCCUCAAGUUCCUGAACAAGCCCUUAGAUGACAUGGGGUACUCCUUCCUCCAUGUAGCUGCUGAAGAUGGACAGGGAAGUGUUCUCUAUCGACUCAUGGAAUGUGGAGCUGACCCAGGUGUCAAGAGCAAGAAAGGAAAGCCAGCAUUCGGAUGUUCCUUUGACAGGAAGACGAGAGAAGAAUUUAGGAGUUUCCGUUCUGAUCACCCCAAUAGAUAUGAUUAUGAAAGAGCUCAGAUUCCAGUUCCGCUCACAGAAGAGCAAGAGAAAGAAAAGGCAGCCAAACAAUCAGAAAGGAAGAGGAAUGCAAGGAAAGCAAAGCGUUUGAAGGAAAAGGAGCAAAAGGAAGUUAAAGAAGCUGAGAGGAAAGAGAACGAGAAGAAGGAAUGGUAUGCAAACCUGAGUGAAAGAGAGAAGAGAGCUCUGGCCGCUGAGAAGAGAUUCGCUCAACAAGUAACUCCAACAUCUGACAUGCAGAGGUGCUGGACUUGUGGCUCUUCACUUGCUGGGAAGGCUCCCUUUUCUUACAUGGAUUUCAAGUUCUGCUCGAUGCCUUGCCUGAAGAAACACAAGCAACAGCCAAAGUAACAAAACCACCAAUUCAAGAAAUGAUGCUGAUAGUAAUAUGUCUUUGACUCCAACUGUUCAUCACAUGGAAUAUUGUUUGCAACGGGUUGCUGUUUUAGGUGACAUGGCUACAACAUGUUGAAUAAAUUUGUCAGGGACUGAAUAUUCAGAAUGUAUCAUUAAUGUACAUUAAUAUGUGCAUUAAUUUAUUCAUCCUAUUUCAAUCAUGAGUUUAAAUUAUUAGAAACUGUAUUCUAGUCUUAUUUAGGAAAUAGUUAAACCAUUUGUGUGCUUUCACUUAAUUUUAGAAAUUAAUGUAGCCAGUAAAAAAGCCAUUUCAGGAUAUUUUGUACUUUUCCUCCUUUUUUGCUCAAAGACUAAUAUGGUACAUUUCAUUUUAUGCACCUCAUUGAAUGGUGCCUUCCAUGGUGAUCGUAGAAACAUGAAUCUCUUUAUUUUUUUAGAGUACUUUAUCACUCUGGCAGUAAUUGUAAGUAUGGAUACAGUAUCACCUUGUCCACAUUUGUAUUCAAGUGCCCUCAGCUAAGAUAAAUUAUUUGAUAUUUAUAUAUAAUUCAUAAUAAUUUGCUCUCCACCUGUUUACAAAUAUUUCAUCAAAUAUGUCAUUGAGUUUAAAAUGAUGUAAACAUGACAUUCAGUUGUCUUGAAUCGGUAAACUGGUAUUUGUCCAUACAACAUAAAAAUAGAUAUUAUUCAUUUUUAUAUAGAAUGUAGUUUAGUUUUGAAGCCACAUAGAUAUCAUUUAGUUCAUAAACUGGAGGCAAAUAAUUGAUUUGGCUACAGAUUAGAAGUGGUUUUAAUAUUUUGCUAAAUCUAAUUAUAUGAACUGAUAAAAGUGCUUGAAAGAAAUAGUGUUUUAUGAUAUUGUAUUGUUACAUGUAUGUAAGAAUAUUUUGUGGUAUGUUGAAUCUAAAAAUCUUCUGAAAUAAGAAAAUUAUUGAUUAUUUAAUUGCUUACCCCUGAUUUCAUUAAAAAUUAGUGUAUUACAUAA